AUGGGCCUCUUCUCCUCCUUCCAGUCCGAAGAGACCCGCCGCGCCGAGGAGGUCCGCACCGGCGCCCGCGCCCCGGACCGCAGCGAGCGCCGCAAGUGCUGGGACGCCCGCGACGCCUACUUUGGCUGCCUCGACCGCAACACCAUUGUCGAUGCCGUCAAGGACGACUCCAAGGCCCGCAAGGCCUGUCCCGCCGAGAACGCCGUCUUCGAACGCGACUGCGCCGCCGCCUGGGUCAAGUACUUCAAGCAGUGGCGCGUCGCCGACAUCCAGAAGAAGCAGCGCAUAGCCCAGCUCGAGGCCGAGAACGCCAUCAAGAUGGACGUCACCACCACCUUUGCCGACCAGACCCCCGCCACGAGCAAGGGCGACCUGCAGGACAUGCUUGCCUCGAGGAGGAAGUAA